AUGGCGCGCCCGAUUCAAGUGAAACCCGCAGACAGCGAGAGCCGUGGAGGGGACAGGAAGCUCUUUGUGGGCAUGUUAAAUAAGCAGCAGUCUGAGGAUGACGUGCUCCGGCUCUUUGAACCAUUUGGGGUCAUUGAUGAAUGUACGGUGCUCCGUGGACCUGAUGGUAACAGCAAAGGCUGUGCUUUUGUAAAGUUCUCAUCCCACACAGAGGCUCAGGCAGCAAUCCACGCACUCCAUGGCAGCCAGACAAUGCCCGGUGCCUCCUCCAGUCUAGUGGUGAAGUUUGCUGACACAGAUAAGGAGAGGACCCUCCGUCGUAUGCAGCAAAUGGUGGGGCAGCUGGGGAUAUUCACUCCAUCUCUCACCUUGCCGUUCAGCCCAUACAGCGCCUAUGCGCAGGCU